AUGGGUGCUCCAAACUUCCAACAAUUGCUCUCCAAGCAUGUCUUGAUCAUCGGAGGAUCCUCUGGCAUAGGUUUCGGCGUUGCUGCAGCCUCUCUUGCAGCUGGGGCCAGAGUAUCAAUCUCCUCAUCCUCACUCCAAAAGGUCCAAUCCAAGGUCUCACAACUUAAAGAAUGGUAUCCAAAGAGCGAGAUUGAAGGAUUCGUGGCGGAUCUCAAUAAACCUACGCUGCAAACGGAUUUGCAUGGUCUCUUCGAAAAGGUUGGAAAAUUGGACCACAUCGUAUUCACCGCAUGCGAUCCACUCGAGCUCGUUCCCUGGCAGGACUUGACUCUACAACAAUACUCCAAAGCUGGACAGAUGCGACUUUACGCACAAUUCUUCGUCGCACAGGUCGGUCAGCGAUACCUCAACCCUGGGCCAGAGUCAUCGAUUACGUUCACAUCGGGAACAUCGUCUGAGAAACCAACGGCUGGAUGGGCUAUGGUGGCUUCUUUUGCCGCCGGGCUGAAAGGUUUAACUCGCAAUUUGGCGGUCGACUUGAAGCCGAUUCGGGUCAAUUGUGUGAGUCCUGGAUACGUCGCCACGGAGCUGUGGGGCGGCAUGGAUGAGGCAACAAGGGAGGGUCUCUUCGAUAAUUUGAGAAAGACACUCCCCACUAGGGCAGUUGGAAGACCCGAGCAGGUUGCUGAAGCUUAUCUUUGGUUGAUGAAGGAUUCGAACGUGACAGGGACUUGCGCCGAAACCAAUGGAGGGAUGAAGUUGUAAGAUACUCGGGUUGCAGCAACCUAGGAUCAGCAACUCAUACGGUUCACUGUGGUGCUUCCUUGCUGUCAAAGGAAGGGAGUGGCUUUCCUUGGCGCCUAACUCAUACGGUUCACUAGGUGUCCCUUACUCUCCCUUUCUCUUCCUUACGAAGUUGUGGUGCUUCCUUGCUGUCAAAGGAAGGGAGUGGCUUUCCUUGGCGCCUUCCUUGCUGCCGAGGCCUGGCACCAAGGGAGCGCCCUCAGGGAUAGUUCAUCUCGCUCCUCUAUAUAGUCCGCC